UCAUCGUCUGUGUCUCCCGAUCUGUUUACUCCUCGCGCUCGGCUCCCCAGCGGCGGCUGAGUGGGUGGCGGCGGCGGCGGCUGCAGCAGCUGAGCCGGCGGCGCCGAUCGGCAGCUGGGUCACCCCUCCCUUCCCCGCAACAUCUGCCGCCUUCGCCCUUCCGACGCAGAGAGAGCGAGCGAGAGUUGCCCGGGCAGAGCCAUGAAGACGGAGAUUUCCACGGCCGCGGGCUUCAUCACCCGCCUCCUCAGGACCCCCGGCGGCAUCGGCGACGAGGAGCUGCGUUGCUUCAGCGAGUCCCUCCAGGAGGCACUCCGAGAUCAUUAUAAGCACCACUGGUUCCCCUUGAUGCCCUCCAAAGGCUCUGGGUACCGCUGCAUUAGGAUCAAUCACAAGAUGGACCCCUUGAUAGGCAAGGCAGCAGGCAUGAUUGGACUAAGCCGCGAGAGACUCUUCCAGCUCCUGCCCAGCGAACUAACUCUCUGGGUAGACCCGUUUGAAGUGUCCUAUCGUAUAGGAGAAGAUGGGUCUAUCUGCGCCCUCUACGAAGGCCCUAAACCAGCCAUGAAGAAUGCCAAAGCUCUGGAGAGCAGAAGCAGCUGUAAAGAGGAGUGGAGAAUUGGCAGAGCCAGCCCUUCCAAGAACUACAACAUGAUGACAGUUUCCAGUUAAAAAAAAAAAAAAAACAUUCCCUGUACAAUGAUGUAUGUAUGUAUCCCACUUUGAUAAUGAUGUUAGAUGAUGUAAUUGAUAUGUUGAUUUUCACCCCAUAGUCAUUAAAGUUGUAGUACUACUGCCAAACUCUUUGUUUUGUGGCCAAGGGCUAAUGUAUAAAAAAAAAAAACAGUUCUUUUACAUGUUUUCUGAAUUGUAUACUGUAAAUGAAAUUGUACAGUCAAUGCAAUUAUUUUACAGAUUUAUAUUUUGGAAAAAAAAUCCUUGGCUAUUUGUAAUAAAAAUGAAAUUAAUUUCAUUUA